AGCAGGCUCCUACACAUAUCGCUGUUGCUUUUGUGUGUGCUUAGCUGUCACUUUCAUUCAGGACACAGAGGGCAACGAGAAAGAGGUAAUUUAGGAGCCACUGGAUUAGCGUCAUAUUCAAUCUUCAAACGACUUGAUAUUGAAAGUCAGGAAACAAAGACCGCUGACAAGUGGAAAUCAAAGGCCCUCUGGAGAAAUAGGUUUCCAGUGGAUCAUUUGACUGCAGUUUGGUUGAAGUGAAAGUAGUCUCAAACCUGCUCUGUGGUUGUUUUGGAGAGACAGGCGAGUUGUGUGUGUGCUAAAGGACUGCGAUGCACCGCUUAAGGACUUGUGCUGCCCGGCUGCGGCCACUGACUGUCUCUCAGACCUUUUCACAGCAGAGGCCUGCGGCCGUACCAAAGACGUUUCAGCCAGUCAGAUGCUACACUUCACCUGUGGCUGCAGAGCCUUUCCUCAAUGGAACGAGCUCUAAUUACGUGGAGGAGAUGUACUAUUCAUGGUUAGAGGACCCCAAGAGUGUGCAUAAGUCUUGGGACAUUUUCUUCCGCAAUGCCAAUGCAGGUGCUACCCCAGGCAAGGCACACCAGAGCCCUCUGAGCCUGGCCGGGCUGCCCCAAGCCCAGUCCCUGGUGGGGGCUCAGAUCAAUGUGGAGAAGCUGGUGGAAGAUCACCUGGCUGUCCAAUCCCUCAUCCGUGCCUACCAGAUCCGUGGGCACCAUGUUGCUCAGCUGGACCCUCUAGGGAUUAUGGAUGCCGAUCUGGAUGCUCAUGUCCCCAAUGACAUUAUAACAUCCUCGGAUAAACUCGACCUGGCAAUGUUCAAGGACCGUCUCAGUAUUCUAACUGUUGGAGAAUCUGACUGCGUGUCACAUUUUAGAGCUGACAAACAUUGGGAGAGUGGCUUCUAUGGACUGGAUGAGUCGGACUUGGACAAAGUGUUCCGUCUGCCUACCACCACCUUCAUCGGGGGCACUGAGACAGUCUUGCCCCUGAGGGAGAUCAUCCGCCGCCUGGAGAUGGCCUACUGCCAGCACAUUGGGGUGGAGUUCAUGUUCAUCAAUGACUUGGACCAGUGCCAGUGGAUCAGGGAGAAGUUUGAGAAGCCCGGCGUCAUGCAGUUCACCCUGGAGGAGAAGAGGACCCUGUUGGCCCGCAUGGUUCGCUCCACCAGGUUCGAGGAGUUUCUCCAGAGGAAGUGGUCAUCAGAGAAGCGGUUCGGCCUGGAGGGCUGCGAGUCUCUGAUCCCCGCCCUCAAGACCAUCAUUGACAAGUCCAGCGAGAAGGGUGUGGAGAACAUUGUCAUGGGCAUGCCACACAGGGGUCGUCUGAACGUCCUGGCCAACGUCAUCCGCAAGGAGCUGGAGCAAAUCUUCUGCCAGUUUGACUCCAAGCUGGAGGCUGCUGAUGAGGGCUCUGGAGACGUAAAGUACCACCUGGGAAUGUACCACAGGAGGAUCAACCGUGUGACGGACCGCAACAUCACCCUGUCCCUCAUGGCUAACCCCUCCCACCUAGAGGCCGUGGACCCCGUGGUGCAGGGCAAGACCAAGGCCGAGCAAUUCUACUGUGGAGACACAGAGGGACACAAGGUGAUGUCUAUCCUGAUGCACGGUGAUGCUGCCUUCGCCGGCCAGGGCGUCGUGUACGAGACCUUCCAUCUCAGCGACCUGCCCUCCUAUUCCACUCACGGCACGGUGCACGUGGUUGUCAACAACCAGAUUGGCUUCACCACUGACCCCCGUAUGGCGCGUUCCUCUCCGUACCCCACUGACGUGGCCAGGGUGGUCAAUGCUCCCAUCUUCCAUGUCAACGCUGACGACCCUGAGGCUGUGGUGUACGUGUGCAACGUGGCGGCCGAGUGGAGAGCCACCUUCCACAAGGACGUGGUGGUGGACCUGGUGUGCUACCGGCGAUUGGGCCACAAUGAGAUGGACGAGCCCAUGUUUACCCAGCCCCUGAUGUACAAGCAGAUCAAGAAGCAGAAGGGAGUGAUGCAGAAGUAUGGCGAGAAGCUAAUCGCCGAGGGCGCCGUCUCGAGACAGGAGUACGAGGAGGAGAUAGCCAAGUAUGAUAAGAUCUGUGAGGAGGCACAUGUUCGCUCCAAGGAUGAGAAGAUCCUCCACAUCAAGCACUGGCUGGACUCUCCCUGGCCUGGUUUUUUCAACCUCGAUGGCCAGCCCAAGAGCUUGACCUGCCCGACAACCGGCCUGACUGAGGAGGAGCUGAUCCACAUCGGACAGGUGGCCUCUUCAGUGCCAGUCGAAGACUUCACCAUCCAUGGUGGUCUGAGCCGUAUCUUGAAGGCCCGAGGAGAGAUGAUCAAAAACCGCACAGUGGACUGGGCCCUGGGGGAGUAUAUGGCCUUUGGCUCACUGCUCAAAGAGGGCAUCCAUGUUCGCCUCAGUGGCCAGGAUGUGGAGAGAGGCACCUUCAGUCAUCGUCACCAUGUGCUGCACGAUCAGAACGUGGACAAGAGGGUCUGCAUCCCCAUGAACCACGUGGCCCCCAACCAGGCCCCCUACACCGUCUGCAACAGCUCCCUGUCGGAGUACGGUGUGCUGGGUUUCGAGCUGGGCUUUGCCAUGGCCAGUCCCAAUGCCCUGGUGCUGUGGGAGGCUCAGUUCGGAGACUUCCACAACACAGCCCAGUGCAUCAUCGACCAGUUCAUCUGCCCCGGCCAGGCCAAGUGGGUCCGCCAGAACGGCAUCGUCCUGCUGCUGCCCCACGGCAUGGAGGGCAUGGGCCCAGAACACUCCUCUGCUCGUCCAGAGAGGUUCCUCCAGAUGUGCAACGAUGAUCCUGACAUGCUCCCAAGCAUCACAGACGACUUUGCCAUUCGCCAGCUCCAUGACUGCAACUGGAUUGUGGUCAACUGCUCCAACCCUGGCAACUUCUUCCACGUGCUGAGGCGGCAGAUUCUGGCGCCCUUCAGGAAGCCUCUCAUUGUUUUCACCCCCAAAUCCCUGCUGCGCCACCCUGAUGCAAGGUCCAACUUUGACGAGAUGUUGCCAGGCACAGAAUUCCAGCGCCUGAUCCCAGACAGUGGCCCCGUGACCCAGAACCCAGCCGGGGUGAAACGCAUAGUCUUCUGCACAGGAAAGGUGUACUACGAGCUAACCAAGGAACGCAAGGCCCACGGCAUGGAAGACAUGGUCGCCAUUGCUCGCAUGGAGCAGCUGUCUCCCUUCCCCUUCGACCUAGUGAAGGCUGAGUCCAAGAAGUACCCCAAUGCCGACCUGGUGUGGUGCCAGGAGGAGCACAAGAAUCAGGGCUACUAUGACUAUGUCAAGCCCCGCAUGCGCACCACCAUCGAACGCGCCAAGCCAGUCUGGUAUGCUGGUCGCCCACCUGCCGCGGCCCCAGCCACAGGAAACAAGAAGGCCCACCUAGUGGAGCUGAAGAAUUUCCUGGACACUGCCUUUGAUCUGGAUGCCUUCAAGGACCAGAUGUAACCAUCUCCCCCACCUCCUCGGUCCCAGGAGAAGG